CAGGCAUUCUCCCUGCUCUCCUUCCAGGGCGGCUGCGGGAGGAGGGAUGCUGAGCAGCAGCAUGGCCGCCCCAGCCUCUGUCCAGGAGCCCCCUCCUGCGCCCCCUCCGCCUCCUGCUGCCGCUGCCCCGGGCUCCUCCUCGUCCUCCUCCUCGUCCUGCUCCUCGUCCUCCUCCUUCUCCUCCUCGGCGGCGGUGGCUCCUCCGGGGCUGCCUUUGGGGGCGGAGGGGGCCGAGGAAGGGCUGGUGCGCUUCGCCCGCAAAGGCGCCCUCCGCCAGAAGAACGUCCACGAGGUCAAGGACCACAAGUUCACCGCCCGCUUCUUCAAGCAGCCCACCUUCUGCAGCCACUGCACCGACUUCAUCUGGGGCUUUGGGAAGCAAGGUUUCCAGUGUCAAGUCUGCUGCUUUGUUGUCCACAAAAGGUGCCAUGAAUUCGUCACUUUCUCCUGCCCCGGUGCGGACAAGGGUCCUGCUUCGGACGACCCCCGGAGCAAACACAAGUUCAAAAUCCACACGUAUUCCAGCCCCACUUUCUGCGACCAUUGUGGGUCCCUCUUGUAUGGACUCAUCCACCAAGGAAUGAAAUGCGACACCUGCAUGAUGAAUGUCCAUAAGCGCUGUGUGAUGAAUGUACCAAGUCUCUGCGGGACGGAUCACACCGAGCGCCGCGGCCGGAUACACAUCAAGGCUGAGAUUGAGAACGAAGUCCUCACGGUUGUGGUACGAGAUGCUAAAAACCUAGUUCCUAUGGAUCCCAACGGCUUGUCAGACCCUUACGUGAAACUCAAACUCAUCCCUGACCCCAAGAGUGAGAGCAAACAGAAGACUAAGACCAUCAAAUGCUCUUUGAAUCCUGAGUGGAACGAGACCUUUAAAUUUCAGCUGAAAGAGUCUGACAAGGACCGGAGAUUGUCUGUGGAGAUCUGGGACUGGGACCUGACCAGCAGGAACGAUUUCAUGGGGUCACUCUCCUUUGGGAUCUCGGAGCUGCAGAAGGCCGGAGUAGAUGGCUGGUUCAAGCUGCUGAGCCAGGAGGAAGGCGAGUACUUCAAUGUCCCUGUUCCCCCGGAAGGCGAGGAAGGCAACGAGGAGCUCAGGCAGAAGUUCGAGAGAGCCAGGAUUGGCCCUGGAGCAAAGGCGUCAGAAGAGAGGACACCAAAUGCCAUCUCCAAAUUCGACAGCAACAACGGGACCCGGGACCGCAUGAAACUCUCCGACUUCAACUUCCUGAUGGUGCUGGGCAAAGGCAGCUUUGGAAAGGUGAUGCUCUCUGAGAGGAAAGGCACCGACGAGCUUUACGCUGUGAAGAUUUUGAAGAAGGAUGUGGUCAUCCAGGACGACGACGUGGAGUGCACCAUGGUGGAGAAGCGGGUCCUGGCUUUGGCUGGGAAGCCCCCCUUCCUGACCCAGCUCCAUUCCUGCUUCCAAACUAUGGAUCGCUUGUAUUUUGUGAUGGAAUAUGUGAACGGUGGUGAUCUCAUGUACCAGAUCCAACAGGUUGGGAGAUUCAAGGAGCCUCAUGCUGUGUUCUAUGCUGCUGAGAUUGCCAUUGGGCUGUUCUUUUUACACAGCAAAGGAAUAAUUUAUCGCGACCUGAAACUUGACAAUGUGAUGCUGGACUCCGAGGGGCACAUCAAGAUUGCUGACUUUGGGAUGUGCAAAGAAAAUAUCUGGGAUGGAAUCACCACCAAGACCUUCUGUGGCACGCCAGACUACAUUGCACCUGAGAUAAUCGCUUAUCAGCCCUAUGGGAAAUCAGUGGAUUGGUGGGCCUUUGGAGUCCUGCUGUAUGAAAUGUUGGCCGGGCAGGCGCCGUUUGAAGGGGAAGAUGAGGACGAACUCUUCCAGUCCAUCAUGGAGCACAACGUGGCGUAUCCCAAAUCCAUGUCCAAGGAGGCCGUGGCGAUCUGCAAAGGGCUCAUGACAAAGCAUCCAGCCAAACGCUUAGGCUGCGGCCCCGAAGGCGAACGUGAUAUCAAGGAACAUGCUUUCUUCCGGUACAUCGACUGGGACAAACUUGAACGGAAAGAAAUCCAGCCCCCUUUCAAGCCAAAAGCUUGCGGACGAAAUGCUGAAAACUUCGACCGGUUUUUCACGCGCCACCCGCCCGUCUUAACGCCACCCGACCAGGAAGUCAUCAGGAACAUUGACCAGUCAGAAUUCGAAGGAUUUUCCUUUGUUAACUCUGAGUUUUUUGAGCCUGAAGUCAAGAGCUAAGUAGCCACUGUAGACCGUCACCUUCCUUCUCUUCCUCCUGCUCUUCCUCCAUGACCCCUGCGCACCCAUCGCCAUGCGCUCCUGCCAGCUGUCGUGGUGGCAUCCCUCCAUUGCAACCAUUAACUCUCAUGCUUUGGAUUUUAUUUUGUGGCGAUACUAGAAUGACCAUAUCUCAAACGCCGGACAAAGGGUCACUGACCAAGGUUGCGCUGGUGGCGCAUACAUGGGCGAGAACAGCCGCAGUGUCCAAGUUAUGGGUCAAAAGGUUCUCCUCCUCUCUGGUGGGAUCCAUAGGUUUAACUCGGCCAUAGCUGUGUCUCCCAUGUCAGCGGGGCAGGGAAUCCGUUCCAGGUUUUAAAUGGGUUCAAAUGAGCUGUUCCUACAAUAGCUUCAGCGCUUUGGGGACAUCCUUUUAAGACUGGGAUAAAACCUGGAGUAGGUACAACCAUCAUGCUAAGAUGGGAGACAUCCGCUGCCAUUGAUUUACCUGCAGAUGGAAGGUAGGAAUGGGAAGAACCACAUGCUUUUAAAACCAAGCAGGGUUAAGAGACAUAGAAACCUAACUGAGGCUGCAUCCACACUGGAGAAAUAACCUGGUUUGGCACCACUUUAACUGCCCUGGCUCAAGGCUAUGGAAUUCUGGGAGUUGGAGUUUGUUGUCCAACUCCCAGAAUUCCAUAGCCUUGAGCCACAAUGGUGUUAAAGCGGUGCCAAACUGGGUUAUUUCUCCAGUGUGUAUGCAGCCUGAAUCACUUUUGUUCCUCAAAGAUGCUCGCUUCCUCCCCACUUACAGCUGCCCCUCUGCAUCCACAGAUUCAGCCAUCCGUGGUUUGAAAAGAUUUUAAAAUUCAUACAUUCCAAAAAAGCAAACUCUAAUUUUGCCAUUUUAUAUAAGAGACACCCUUUUAUAAUGCCAUUGUAUUUAAUGGGACUUGAGCAUCCAUGGAUUCUGGUGUCUACAGGGGCUACUGGAACCAAACUCCAGCAGAAACCAAGGGCUCACUGCAUUUCAGAAAAGGCUGCAUCCCAGAGUUUAGGUCCAAGGGCCCCCACUGUAUUUGCAAAAGGACUCCAUCAUCCUCACCUUCCCAAGAUGGGUUCUCCCCCUUAUUUCUCAAAAUCUACUGGAAGAGAUGGGAGAACAAUGAGGGCCUUGUGAAGUGACAUUUAAAAAUACAGUAUCAGCCUACUUCCAUUUUUGCAAAACGUACCGUUGCACCACAGUGGGCUUCACAUUGCCUCAGUGUGCAGCUUAGUGGAUGCUUCCAUUUCUCUAUGAGAUCCUGAAUGUGGGAGGAGAAUACUUUUAUGGGGAUCUAACAGUCUGGAAUGGCCCUUAAAUCCCAGUAAGUCUUCAGGGUGCAAAUGUCCCUGGAUAAUCUCCCUCUGAUUUGACAUCCAGCCUCUCUGGGAAUCCUGGACUAUAAGAAAUCCUGGAUUUCUUAUAGAAGCUCUUCUGCAUUGUCACCAUAUUAUACUUAACUGGGAGGAAUGGGAAGCGAGGGGCCAGAUCAAUAUCCUUGUGUUCCUCCCAACUCCAUGCCAACUUUAAAUUCAAACACUGCAACUCUGCAGGGAUUCGGCAAGAGCUGCGUUACAAUAGAAGAGUUGCGAUGCUGGAAUAUGUUGGCUGAUAGCCUCCAUCCUUUUAGGUUACAUUAUGCAGCCCUAUGAAUACCUCCAUAGUUUGACGUGUGAGGCUCAGUGGUCAAUGUGCGUGGCCGACAACCUCUUGUGCAGUUCCUGUGCACAAUGGGCAUCCGCAUGCCACAGAAGUGUACUUUAAUGUGCCAUCACACACACAAGAGUCAUGCAUGCACCAAUCUGCUCACACCACUGUCAGCUGGAUACCAGAGUUUGCACAUUGUUCAAAACGAUUAUUGCUGCAUGUGUCGUGCAACUGCAUGUGUCACUAACACCAUCCCCACCUUGAACAAAUCAUGCCAAGCAAACCCCAUGAUAGUUUCUCCUGAGGGUCGCCAUGAAUCAGAAACAAAUACAACAAAAACAACAGAGGUGUCAGCCCUUGACUGUUUUGUCCUGGCAUGCAAGGUCAAAUAUUUAGGGUAACUUCAUUCAAACUGGAGGAAAAGAGUAUUCCUACGGAGUAUUUCCCCCAUACUGUACUGCAGCCAUUCACUCAAAACCACAAGGUUGCGAGUUCAAGACCAGCAAAAGGGCCCAAGCUCGACUCAGGCUUGCAUCCUUCCGAGGAGGGAGCUAAAAUGAGUACCCAGACUGUUGGGGGCAAAUUAGCUUACUUGCUAAUUAGCUUACUUGCUGUUCACCGCUAUGAUCUUUGGAAUAGCGGUAUAUAAAUAAAACAAAUUAUUAUUAAUUAUUAUAUUUGAAAGUCCUGGAGUCUCGCGGAGGGAUUGUUUUGCAGAGAGAAGGGAAAGUGCACAAAAUACAGUACCUGUUUUGUGCCGGAGAUAGAUUUCUUGUAGCUGAUAUUGUAGAUCGGCUUCUUAGUUACAGAACCACUCCAAAUCUGCUUGGCUUCUGGUAUCAGACUGAACCUGGGAAGCUGCUUCAUUGCAACUCCACCAAUAUGGACAUUUCUGACCAGCAGCAUUGGCUUUCUGGGGUUCCUUUUGGGCAAGAUCCUUUCCUAGUCCAGUCUGGAGAUCCCUAGUUUGUUCCCUUCUGGUGUCUCCCGUCCAAAGACUCACCAGGACCAUCCCUGCUUAGCUCCUGAAAGCAGAUGAGUGAGGAAUGUAAGACACUGGCCUUGUACAUAGUCAAACACUGGGCCCAUGGAGCCCAGUAUUGCCAGUCCUAACUGGCAGCCAUGAAUCCUCAAGGGUCCCUUCAUGUUGGAGUCUUUCCACACUCUUCCCAAAUCUUCCAUCAUGGUGGCCUCCCAUCCAAAUGUAGUCCAGGCCCAACGCUUCUUAGCUUCUGGAAUCAGAGGCUUUUUCACAUUGCAUAGUUAUAGCACUUUGAUCCCCCUUUGAAUUGCAUCCUAUGGGAACCUGGGGUUCAUUGUCUAGAGAGGGGAGACGUUGGUGCCCUUCCUAAAACGCCAGCCCCAGGGUCCCGUAGGAUGUUGCCACAGCAGUUAAAGCGGGAAGCAUAGUCUCCAACAUUUCACCAACGAAAACUGGGACGACAUCUCUGAGAUAGAAAAGAAUUAUGAAUGAGGAAGACGAGGCAAAGCUGGGAGAGGCUGCGGCAGUUGGCUUUUGCCAGAGCCAUCUGGGAAGAAGAGCAAGACUCUCCCCGAUCCUCCCGCUGAGCUAAGCCCUUUUGCCCUUGGAGCAUCAAUGGAAGUAAGCUGAGGACCAAGGAGAAAGUGGGAGGAGGAGAGGGAAAGCGGGGAAUUUCAAAGGCAUCUGCAAAAGUGGGACAGCAGGGGAUUAAAUCAGGACGGUCCCUGCAAAGUCAGGGCAGUUGGAGGGAAUGGGGAUGUGGCAUUCGUUGCGUAGUGCACAAUGGCCCUUUAAUGGGAUUGGGUGCAUAUACACACACAAUGCAAACAUUUCUAACUCUGGCCCUCGCAGGGAGGUGCAGGGACCCCAUUACUUGCCAAAGAAGAAGAAGAGGGGAGGCUUUCCUUUGGAGAAAUGGUCACCCUAGUAUCUCUUCCGUCCGCCUCACGGUUUCUGUGUUAUGGUCGUAUCCAAACCUUUGUGGGUAUCCUUCCUGAAAACAACUGGGGCUGUGGGGUGGGUUGUGGGGGGCGAAUGUGGGGCGCUGUGUGUCCAGUUGCCAAAUCCACAAACCCCAUCUGUCCCACUGUGCUUUCGGUGUGUCAAAGACUUGAGUAUUUUACUAAGAAACAACGAAGCUGGUAUUUUUAAAAAGUCCAAAACUUGUCUUUGUGUUACUUGACUGAAGCUGUAUGGUAUUUUUUUUAUUUCUAUUUUUUCCCUUUUGUCUGAACUAAUAAUAAUUUCCGGAAAUUGCCGCCGGGGUUUUAAGUUGUGUGUAUUUCCAGCAACUUGGAAAGACACGAAAGGGAAAAGGAGACAUUCCUUGCAAGGUUCCUUUUUGCUGCUCCUCCAACUCCUGUACUUCCUCGCCUCGUGCUUUUGGGGUGUUUUAUCUCCUUCCGGUUUGCUUUGAGUUGUUCAUGUGCCAACUUACCUUUUUUUUCCAGAUAGAGUUAUAAAAUAAAAAUAAAAAUUAAGAAAUAUUG